GCUUUCUCCAGCUGGGGACUGGAGUCAGAGCGUGGAGGGCUCCCCACAACAACAGGCGGACAGUAAGGAGAAAGAUUGGCCCACAGAGCUUCCCUCAAGCACUAUCAGUGAGAUACUUGGCCUCUUUCCAAAGCAAACGCGGUAACUCACCCCAUAUAAAAAUAAGCUUUUUCACUCAAAGUGACACUUCGCUUAGAGGUACCCAAACUGACAGAGAUGCUUCAUCACAGCUGGUUGUAACCAGCUGAGGAUGAGAAUGAAAGGAUCGUGAACUUCAAGUGACCCCAGGUUCCCUGAUCCUAAUUGGAACUAGCUGAAGGCAUGGUGAGCAGGGAGCGGUGGGACCUGUUUUCACCAGCUCGGUGUAGACCUGCGUGCUCCUGCCUCUAUUCAGAGCACUUGACUGGCACACCCGCCCCUGACACCCUCCAUCCCUCUCUAGUUCCUAAACCCCCUCACUUUUCCUCCACAGAGAACUACCUGGUGCAUUUCUUCUUUGGUAUUCCUGACAGAACAACUUUCACAUCUUUCUUUGUUUUGAGUUCUGGCAGUCUCUUUUAUCCUUUGAAUCCUUUGACACCUGUGACCCUCACCCCACUCCAAAAGGAGAACACAUUUAAGCCCCCAUCCCCAAUUUUGGUGUUUAUCAUUUGCAAAUACUACUAUGAUUAUAUACGUCUUGAGUCAUACUUUAUGGAAGGUAAGUUAAGAAAUGAGGGGAAAGUGCUCGCCUGGACACCGCAUACAGUAGAGCUGGGAUGACACAGGGGGUCAGCAUGGCCCUGCGCAGGAAGACCCACAGAUUCCAGAAGGCAUUCAGAGGGCACCUGUUGGGAUGAGCACUGCGUGGUACAUGAUUUUGAAGCUUUAACUCCAAACUUGCUGGCCAGAACUGUGGAGACAGUAGAAGGUGGUGGGCUGGUGGUCAUCCUCCUGCGGACCAUGAAUUCGCUCAAGCAGUUGUACACAAUGACCAUGGACGUGCAUUCAAGAUACAGGACCGAGGCCCAUCAGGACGUGGUGGGAAGGUUUAAUGAGAGAUUUAUCCUCUCUCUGGCCUCGUGUAAGAAGUGUCUUGUCAUCGAUGACCAGCUCAACAUCCUGCCCAUCUCCUCCCAUGCUGCCAGCAUUGAGGCCCUACCGCCCCAGACUCCGGAGGAGAGUCUUGGUCCUUCUGAUCUGGAGCUGAAGGAGUUGAAGGAGAGCUUGCAGGACACUCAGCCCGUGGGUGUGUUGGUGGAUUGCUGCAAGACCCUAGACCAGGCCAAAGCUGUCUUGAAGUUCAUUGAAGGGAUCUCUGAAAAGACCCUGAGGAGUACCGUUGCCCUCACAGCUGCCCGAGGAAGGGGGAAGUCUGCAGCCCUGGGACUGGCUAUUGCUGGGGCUGUGGCUUUUGGGUACUCCAAUAUCUUUGUUACCUCCCCAAGCCCUGAUAACCUCCACACUCUGUUUGAAUUUGUAUUUAAAGGAUUUGACGCUCUGCAGUAUCAGGAGCAUCUGGAUUAUGAGAUCAUUCAGUCUCUCAAUCCUGAGUUUAACAAAGCAGUGAUCAGAGUGAAUGUAUUCCGAGAACACAGGCAGACCAUUCAGUAUAUACAUCCUGCAGAUGCCGUGAAACUGGGUCAGGCUGAGCUUGUUGUCAUUGAUGAAGCCGCCGCCAUCCCCCUGCCCCUGGUGAAAAACCUCCUGGGCCCCUACCUGGUGUUCAUGGCAUCCACCAUCAACGGCUACGAGGGCACUGGCCGGUCCCUGUCCCUCAAGCUGAUUCAGCAACUCCGUCAACAGAGUGCCCAGAGCCAGAUCAGCACCACUGCUGAGAACAAGGCCACAGCGACAGCCAGACUGGCAUCAGCGCGAACGCUGCAUGAGGCUUCCCUGCAGGAGUCCAUCCGAUACGCCCCCGGGGACGUGGUGGAGCAGUGGCUGAACGACUUGCUCUGCCUGGAUUGCCUCAGCAUUCCCCGGAUCGUCUCGGGCUGCCCCCUGCCUGAGGCCUGCGAGCUCUACUACGUUAACAGAGAUACCCUCUUUUGCUACCACAAGGCCUCUGAAGUUUUCCUCCAAAGGCUUAUGGCCCUCUAUGUGGCUUCUCACUACAAGAACUCCCCCAAUGAUCUCCAGAUGCUUUCUGAUGCGCCUGCCCACCUUCUGUUCUGCCUCCUGCCCCCUGUGCCCCCCACCCAGAAUGCUCUUCCUGAAGUGCUUGCUGUCGUCCAGGUGUGCCUGGAGGGAGAGAUUUCUCGCCAGUCCAUCUUGAACAGCCUGUCUCGAGGCAAGAAGGCUUCGGGGGACCUGAUUCCAUGGACCGUGUCGGAACAGUUCCAAGACCCAGACUUCGGCGGCCUUUCUGGUGGAAGGGUUGUUCGCAUUGCUGUUCACCCGGAUUAUCAAGGGAUGGGCUACGGCAGCCGAGCUCUGCAGCUGCUGCAGAUGUACUUUGAGGGCAGAUUCCCUUGUCUUGAGGAAAAGGUCUUUGAGACGUCACAAGAAAUUCACACCGUCAGCAGCGAGGCUGUCAGCUUGUUGGAAGAGGUCAUCAGUCCCCGCAAGGACCUGCCUCCCUUACUUCUCAAGCUGAAUGAGCGGCCUGCUGAGCGCUUGGAUUACCUGGGUGUGUCCUAUGGCUUGACUCCCAGGCUCCUCAAGUUCUGGAAGCGAGCUGGGUUUGUUCCUGUUUAUCUGAGACAGACCCCGAAUGACCUGACUGGGGAACACUCGUGCAUCAUGCUGAAGACCCUGACCGACGAGGAUGAGGCUGACCAGGGAGCCUGGCUCGCGGCCUUUUGGAAAGACUUCCGGAGGCGGUUCCUAGCCCUGCUGUCCUACCAAUUCAGCACCUUCUCUCCUCCCCUGGCUCUGAACAUCAUUCAGAACCGGCACAUCGGGAAGCCAGCACAGCCAGCUCUGUGCCGGGCCGAACUGGAAGCGCUCUUCCUCCCCUAUGACCUCAAGAGGCUGGAGAUGUACUCCCGGAACAUGGUGGACUACCAUCUCAUCAUGGACCUGAUCCCGGCCGUCUCCCGGAUGUACUUCCUAAACGAGCUGGGGGACCUGUCCCUGUCCGCGGCCCAGUCCGCCCUUCUCCUGGGGAUUGGCCUCCAGCACAAGUCUGUGGACCAGCUGGAAAAAGAGAUUGAGCUGCCCUCAGGCCAGCUGAUGGGACUUUUCAACCGGAUCAUCCGCAAAGUGGUGAAGCUGUUUAACGAAGUGCAGGAGAGGGCCAUUGAGGAGCAGAUGGCGGCGGUGAAGGACGUGGUCAUGGAGCCCACGAUGAAGACCCUCAGUGAUGACCUGGAUGAAGCAGCAAAGGAGUUCCAGGAGAAACACAGGAAAGAAGUGGGGAAGCUGAAGGACAUGGACCUCUCUCAAUACAUAAUCCGUGGGGAUGAUGAAGAAUGGAAUGAAGUUCUGAACAAAGCUGGGGAGAACACCUCCAUUGUCAGCCUGAAGAGCGACAAGAAAAGGAAGCUGGAAGCCAAACAAGAACCCAAACAAAACAAAAAGUUGAAGAAAAACAGAGACAUGAAGAAUAAAAAAGAUAUGAAACUGAAGCGUAAGAAAUAGGAGCGAGGGCAUCCAUGGCUGACGCGUAAGGCGAUGGCCCCGGCUUGCUCAGCUGUCUCCAGCCGGACCGGGCGCUGGCCUGAUUGCUAAAAGCCACGAAGUCCCCAUCAGACCUGGAAGCUGGCUGGGAGUUCAGUCUGCAGGCUGAGCUUGGCUUAAGGCAACGUCCCUUCUGCGCUGGUCUGCUUAGAACUGGACGGUCGGGCAGAGCUCUGGUGCAGCCGGGGGCCUGUCUCUCCCCCACCCCCCGCCCAGGCCUUUCCCCCCACAGGUUCACACUUUGCUUCCUCUCACCUGUGUGGAAGCCACACUGACUCUUGUCCCUUUCAGACAUUUAAAUACACAGCCUUCUGGUGAUGCUCAGGAGGCCCCUGGUGGAGCCCUGGGCCUCUCGUCGAGGCCCAGAGCAUCAGGGGCUCUGGUCCGACCACGUGGCCGUGGCAGGUCGCUGUUCGUGCGCAGGACUGUGCUGUGUGUAAACUGUUCUUCUGGCUCCGCGGGCGUGUUGCCCUGUGUCCAGGAAAGCCUGAGCUCUUCACUUAGGGAGAAUAUGAUAUUGGGUCCCCAGAUCUGUUAUUUCAUCUAUUUGGGAAAAAACGUGCAAGAUCAUUUUGCUAGCAGGGGUGAGGGGGAGAUACUCUAUUUUAAUAAACAACAAGCUAGAAAGACCAA